UUACUUUGAACUCUAUGUUUCAUGUUUCCUGACAUACACCCCAAAGAACUGUAAUUAUGCUAGAGAGGCUGCAGGAGCUCUAAACAGUUCUUUCCAGUUCUUUUGCUUUUUGCUGCAUUUCCAUGCUUUUCUGUCCUGUUCGGAGCUGGGUAUUUUUACCUUUUAUUUAGCAUGCGCAAAGUUCUUAGGAUGUUAGAAAAAAUGUGCUGAAGAUUCACUGUGAGGCAUGGCUAUUUUUGUAAGAAGCUGAUACUUUAGACUGAGCUUUAUGCAUUGCCUUUGGAAGGCCUUAGGUUGUUCAGGGUGGGCAGGAGUCUGCAGAGGAAACAGAAAGUUCAAGAGGCACACAAAAGAAGAAGGAAACGAAUUAGAGAAAGCAAAGGACCUCCCUCCUUUUCAUUCUGUGACUUCUGCAAGGGCCAGCAACCCCGAAGCAUUAUCUAAGCUGCCACAGUAUACCUUGACCUUUUUAACAGAGUAUCUCUUACCAUCAUCAUUAUGGCCGAGAUUACAGCAGAAGGACGUAUGUCUACAACCACGACAAUAAUAGAUGGUAAGAACGGAUCUGUUCCUACAACAUCCAUGAAAGUUGGCAAGAAAUCGGUUACAGAAGACCUUGUGACAACGUUCAGCUCACCCGCAGCAUGGCUUCUUGUUGUUGCUCUGAUUGUUACUUGGUCAGCAGUAGCCAUUGUGAUGUUUGACUUGGUGGAUUACAAAGCCUUUGCAGCCACCUAUUCACAACAUUGUGAUGAUCCCUGUUUACCACCUGGAAGAUCUGUUAACAAGCUCAGCACAGAACCACUGAGAAUCAUUCAUGAGACAUUGGAAGAAUCCACUGAUUGGCUUUAUGGCUUUAUUUCUUUACUGUCUGACAUCGUAUGGAGUGAUGAUGAUGACAGUGAUGAAGGCGAAGUGGAACAUUCCCUGAAAAGAAAAGAAAUUCAUAAAGAGAAACCUGAGAGACAUGAGAAACGAACAUCAUCAAAGGUAAUUCACAGAGACAAACCUGAAAAACAAGAAAAAAAUGAAAGGAAGGAACCCAUAAAGGUGACACAUAAAGACAAAUUGGAAAGACAAGAAAAACCUGGAAAAAAAGAAAGGCAUACAGUUACAGACAAGGAGAAACAUGAAAAGCCAGAAAAACCUGAAAAGAAAGCACCUUCUAAAGCAAUUCAAAAAGAAAAAGCAGAAAGACAUGAAAAAGUUGAAAAGAAAGCUCCUCCCAAAGAGGAAAAGAAAGUAAAGAGCACCAAAGUGGAAGCAAAAGUUAAAAAGGAAGUGAAGGAUGGAAAAGGUGAAGCAAAGAUGGCUGAGAAACUCAAGCAGGCAGAGACUAAAACAACAGAAGUUGGGCUAAUAAAGGCCAAACCAAAAGUUAAGGAGGAGAAAGCACUUCAAACUGUAACUAAAUCGGAAAAGAAAGAUCAAUAUGCAUUCUGUCGCUAUGUGAUUGACAUGUUUGCACAAGGGGAUUUUUAUCCAGGACAAAAGGAAAUGGUAUCACCUCGUCUUCUUCUAGAACAUAGUCCAAAGAAGAAGCCAGCAACUACUGAAGAAACAGAAGAGGAAAAGAAAGUGACUCAUGUGAAGGGGGCUACCACUGAAACUAAGAAGAAAGAAAAAGAAGCAAAAAAAGAGAAAGCUUAUGAGAAGACAGCUGUCCCUGAAAUUAAAAAAGCAGAUAAAAAAGAAGCUGCUGUGCCCAAAGAACUUAAAAAGCCAGCAAAAGCUCCUGCAGCCAAACCAACUGCCACAAACCCAGCAGCACCAGAACCACGCAAGAAAGAAAAAAUGGUGGAAUCUGCCAAAACAGCAAAGAAAGAAGUAAAAGUACCUGUGAAAAACAUAUCUGUGGAAACUCAGAAGUCGAAAGCAGCACUUGAAAAAAAGGAAGAAAAAACAAUGAAGGCAGCAGAGCAAGAUAAACCAAAGAUGAAACAAACAAAUCCUGGAAAAGAGAAAGAACUUAAAUCUCCAGCUGCCACAAAAGACAAAGAGCACACUAAAGAAAGAGAGGGAAAGAAUUCUACGGCUUUAAAAGAUAGAGAGUCUCCAAAAGGAAACAAUCCCAAGAAUCCAGAGGGAAGAAAGGAGAAAGAGCCUGGUAAAAGAAAAGAUGUGAAGCCUCCAGCAGUCUUAAAGGAAAAGGAGUCUUCAAAAGGAAAAGAACUGAAGACUUCAACUUUCAUUAAGGAAAAAGCUGUGGUGAAAAAAGAAGAGGAGAAGAAAGAUAAGUCCUUCUGCUCCUUGGAGUGUCACCGGAUCAAUCCGAAACUCACUAACCUCACUAAAGCAGCUAUUGUAGAGAAACAUCAUGAACACAACGAGAAAACUAAGCAACAAAAGACAGCUCCCACAGAGAAAUCAGAGCAUGAAGCUGUCAAACAUGAAAAAGGUGUUCCACCAACAAAACCAGCCAAAUCAAAACCAACUGCAAAGCCAGCAGCUGAAAUCCCAACAGCAGCCCAGAAAAAAACAAAGACAGCUAAGGAAAAACAUGAAAAAACAGUUGAGAAGAAACAUCAGAAAAAUGAGAAAAACAAAGGAGUCUCGCCAGUAAAAGAAGCUCCACGACAUCACAACCUGACAACAGCUCCUGUCCGCUACUUUCAGUGUGUCUUCCUAAAUGGACUUAAUGGAUAUGGACUGCAAUUCCCCAUUAAUCCACUCUCUAAGAAGGAAGAAAAGACUCACUCAAAGACUUCCAGGAGAAAGACAAAGAAACCUGGGCAGUAGAGAGACCGCGUCCUGCAAUUAUUCACAUUUUUCACUUUAUCUUUUCUGCUCAGUCCACAGUAAUUACAGUGGUACCCGUUACUGCAAGAAUGUUGGUCAUAUGCACCCAGAAAAGUUUCCAUUUCCAUGGGGCAGAGGCAAACAAGAAGUAAUGGACCGUGUUUGAUAAAGGUAGAAAUGUAAAAGUGCCCCAUUUCUUGUGGAAAGACUGCAAUGCUAACAAAGCAUUGGCCUGACUGUGUGUAUGAGUGUGUGUGUGUGCGUGUGUUGUGCGUGUGUGUUUUCCUGCCUCUUCUGCUCUUAUUGUUUUUCUCUACCUGCUCAGCAUUAAAGUGAGUCUAUUUUCCAUUUAAUCAUAUUUAGGGAGGGAAAGGAUGAAUGUAACUGUUAUAUCAGCAAGAUUGCAAGACUAUCUGCAAUCCUAAAUCAUUUCUGCUUAACGUUCACUCAAAUUGCUGACAAGAAAAAACCUGUCAUGAAAAUAUGCUGUGUGACUGGUGCUAUUUUUAUGUCUCAUUGACCAGUGUAGCCUGAAACUCUCUCACUUUGAGCAGCUCAGCGUACAUCAACAAGUUCACUCUCCAAGCCAUGUUAAUGAUGAAUAUUUACUUUUAGCUUGAAGUAGUAAAAGCAUGAUGUCUGUGUUUGCCCUGCCUGUUGGUGAAAUCCAAACUCUUUGCUUUCUAAAGCCCAAAGUGAGCAGAGAAAGUGAAACAUGGCAAAGGUGAGGAAAACCAAGCGUGUGACAACAUGAAGGUCCCAAGAAAAAAAAGAAAAUCUUUUUUAAUACUUGUACUUUUCUUUUUUGCAUUGAGUUCUUAUCAAAUCAGACUGACCUGCAGCACAGACCAUGCAAAUGGAUGAUAUAUCAGCCAACCAUUUGCUAUUAGAAUAAGUCUGAUGGAAAAUUACGAUGUGAGAUGCCACUUAUGAAACCAAACCAAUCCAGAUUUCCAGGCGAAAAUGUCAAUUUGAUACAACAUCAGAUCAGUGAUCAAAAAAAAAGAAAAAACAAGAACGUAUGCAGUAGUCUGGGUAGCUGAUUUAAUAGACGAAAAGGAAGGAUUCCUGAGCUGCUAGAAGGAUUUCCUCCAAAUGCACUCUACUGUUGAUAAAUUAUAGAUGAGGACUGCAAGUAGAUGUGCCAAUCCUCAACCUUCUUGUGUUUAUUUCUGUAGAAAUAACUGAUUAGUUACCUUAAAAAAGAUGAGAUUUGACCUAUGUGGAGGCACUUGGCUGUAAAUUGGCAUCUCAAUUGUCUGUAUGUCCAGUAAUGUAAAUAAUCAUGCAUUUUUUUGCAAGCUGCUAUUUGUUUGUAUUUUAUUACUAUACCUUUGCAUUUAAUCUGUGAAAUACACAGCAGUGACCUUAGUUAUAUAGUUACCAGGUCAAACAUCAUGAGGUUCAACACAGAACUUGGCUACUCACAGAAUCCAAUCAUACCAGUAACUAUAUAUUGCUCUUUCAUUUUUAGCAUAGCUGAAGGUAAUAUCACUCACUUCUGCCUCCUCUCCCUGCCACUCCAUUCUUAUCUUAAUCAAAUAAUUGACUUACAUGAGUUUCAGACAACUGAGUCCUUGACAGAUUAGGGCAGUUCAGAAAGCUUUGUUGCCAGGUUGCUGAGUCAGGUUAGCACAGUCUGAUUACUGCUCACCACCCUGCGUGGACCGAGUUCUUGUCUUGGUGCACUCUACAUUGCACAGGUCCUGUGUUGCAAAAUCUGUCACAGCACCAAGCAGCCUAGACAGUGGUUUCUGGAGAGAAGUAGAAACCUUCUUGCCCUAGAGGGAGCUGUUCCUAUAUAGGGGCUCACUGUACAUAAAACUGUUCAGUGUGAAUGCCUCCACUGUCACCUGUGAAAUCCAAUCUGGAGAUAAGUAUAGGAUUGUAGAGCUGCAAGACAAGACUUUUUCAUGAUGAAAUGACAGUUUUUAAUUUCUUUUCAGUUAAGUCUUUUUAUAUUUCCAAUGGCUUUUUUUUUUCCUUUGCAAUCUGUGAUUUUGUGUAUAUUAUUAUGGAUGGUAUUGCCUUAGGUUUUUACUGUGAAAGCUGUCUUAAAAUGAGAUUAUAACUUUCUGAAAAUUGGUUAAUUUAAUUCAAAACUUUAUCCAAUCAGGACAAGAUUUUAUUAUGCUAUAAGCUGUUAUUCUUUUUGGCUUCUUUUGCUUAAAUAAAUUCUGUGUAUUAUAGUUAUUCCUCUUUGAGCUGGGAGAUGACAAGAACGUGUCCCAGAUCUCAUUCUCAAAAUGUUUCAGUUAGAUAUCUGAAUGGGUUUGGAAACAUAAACAUUGAAUAUCAGUGAACAAGUGGUAUAGAAUCAGCCAUUUAUUGUCAUUUCCUAAUCUCAGCCACUGUCUUGAAGAAUAGAGGAAACAGAGAUCCACUCUCCAAGUGGCAAUCAUUUUUCUCCAUAAAUUAAAUUUGCCUGGAAUCUUAAAAAUAAGUCAUUUGAAUUGCAUGGUUUUACUCAAAUUAGCCUGAAAUAUUGCAAAAUCAUAUGCUGAUUGUUAUCCAUUUUGAAAAAUAAAGAAUAU